AGCAUCCCGGGAGUAUUCCUGUCGUGACCUUCCUCCGCGUAGAGUGUGUACUGCAGUAAAUAAUCAACAAUUAUCCCAAAUAAUUAACAAUCAGUUGGAAAAAUGACCAAUUCGAAUUCAGAUCAGUCCCUUAUGGACAAGUCAAUGCGAAGUGUCUUUGUGGGAAAUAUUCCGUAUGAAGCUACUGAAGAGAACCUGAAGGAUAUCUUCAGCGAAGUUGGACCAGUCCUGUCAUUCAAAUUAGUAUACGACCGAGAGACAGGGAAACCGAAGGGCUACGGUUUCUGCGAAUACAAGGAUCAGGAGACCGCCCUGAGUGCAAUGAGAAAUCUCAACAGUUACGAAAUUGGCGGACGAACCCUGAGAGUCGACAAUGCAUGCACAGAGAAGAGUCGUAUGGAAAUGCAGAGUCUUCUGCAGACUCACAACACCGAGAAUGCUUACGGUGAAGCUGUACAGUCUGACAAAGCACCAGAGGCAAUCUCCAAAGCAGUAGCGGCGCUACCACCAGAACAAAUGUUCGAACUGAUGAAGCAAAUGAAACUCUGCAUUCAGAAUAAUCCCACGGAGGCGAGGCAACUGCUCCUGCAAAAUCCACAACUGUCCUACGCACUUCUGCAGGCUCACGUGGUCAUGAGAAUCGUGGAUCCUCAGACUGCUGUCAGCAUGCUGCACAAGGCCAAUCCCAUUCCUGCAGUGCUCACACCAAGUGAACAUCCACCCAUUCCAACUUUUCAACCGAGAAUUGAGGAGCCAUGGGCAACUCCUAGGACUGCCCCUGUUGUCAAUCCACCCCCACCGAUUUUUGCAGGUAAAGAUGUAGAUUUGCGAAUGCUAGAGAGACCUAUCGACCACAGAUUAGGAAGAAUGGACAUGGAUCUGAGAACUGCAACCCAGCCGCCACCAAUUGCAGUUGUACCACCAGUAGUUCCCCCAAUGAUGGACACUCGUUCUCCAGUCUUCAAUUCUCCAGAUAAAUUCACUCCUUUGAUUAGCACUCUUCCUGCAGAGGCAAUUGAGAGCAGUUUCUCGCGAGAUCCACGAGCAGAUCGAUUUGGGAGGGAUCCGCGUGACGCCAGGGACCCUAGACUGACAGUGGACACGAGGAUGAACAAAUCUACUCCACCAACCCUUGCGACGUCUCCCCAAGGCCCUCGUCCAGUAGUAGCACCAGCCGUACCCCCAGUCAACAUCAACAGUGUCAGUUCAACAACUUCGUCACCAGGAUUUAGCGCAUCUAGCGCAGCUGCGUCGAGACUUAUGGCUGGCAUGUCCCCUGCCGGAAACAUUCCCAGUGGAGCUUCUGAUCAAGAGAAGGCUGCAUUGAUCAUGCAAGUACUCCAGCUGACAGAUGACCAGAUCGCCAAGCUCCCCAUAGAGCAGAGACAAAGUAUUCUUGUGCUGAAGGAGCAGAUUGCCAACAGCACUCCAAGAUAAUUAUUUCAACAAUUGAUUUUUACAUGCUUGUAAAUAAAAAUGAUGAUUGGAUGAAAUGUAGCAGUUGUUAAAUGCGCAAGUUAUAUUCUGCUCAAUGUUUUCGUUUACUGGAGUCUUUUGUAUACCUAUUACUCUGACUUUCUGGAAGUAAAUGAAACAAACAAUUGGAAGAAGACAUUUGUUUUGAAAUUCACGUUAAUAAAUGCAUAAGAAAAAAAUA